AUGUCGAGCUUUUGGGGCCGAUACCCCGCAACAAUGCAAAACCAGUCGCAGCAGCAAGAUACCUCUUUCCGACUACCGACGGGUGCGACAGCAGCGGCGUUUCCUAGGUCCUUCGACGCCUCCCCGGAGACCUCCGCGCGGUCGCUGACGCUCGCCGAAGCAGCUGAGCUGGCGGCGCUUCAACGGCAGCAUGAGCAGCCGUUCGUCGUGCCGGUGACGCAGGUCUUGCACAAGCUCGGAGGCGUGCACAUCACCGUCCGCGAGACGCACAAUCCCACGAUCACCAUCGCCUACAACCGCGUGAUGGAAGAGAUCGAGGCUCUCGUGUCGGAGCACGAGCAGCGGCUGGCUCGGCUCCCCCUUUCCAGCUCGCUGUCGUUCUCCAGCCAGGCACUGAUAGCAGGGCAGAGCACGUUGACCAGCGCGACGGUGCUCAUCAACAGUGACGUCACGGAAGGCGGUACCGCUGUGGCGGGCUCGCGAGGAGAGAGCACAGCUGAAAGGCUAGCGCGCAGCAGUAACACAGCUGGCCUUCCGGCGCCACAACAGCUGCCGCAGGCUCUUCUGCAGUCGGUUGAUCUGCGGCAGACACUGCCUUCGCCGGCCUCCCCUAUGUCCCCGUUGCGGUUUGUCUCUGGCGUGGGCAGUCCCACGUCGGACGCCACUGCCACAACAUGGGCCCGCAGCGGGGCCGGCUGCAACAGUGACUGUGGCGAUGUAUGGACUGCGGGCCGCGAUGAAGUCGGUAUGGUGCUCUCUGUGCGUUUAUUGUCGAAGGAGGUGACGCGGUGGCGUAUGACUCACGAGCGGCCGCUGGCGGAGUGGCGGUUCCCCAUCAUCCGAACCUCAAGUGAGCGCAUGAUUCGGCCGCGCACGCAGAAUUCAUUGGCGACGGGUGCCGCCGGCAGUGCUGCCGCGGAUGGCACUGAGGCCAAUCGCCACGACCACCGCGGAGAGGGUGGGGCGCGGAGCGUCCCUGCGGAACUGACUCUCGUAAACGACCCUGCACAGGUACACCAUGUGCUAGAGUUCAUAUUAAAGUCGAGCUACCAGACAACGAGCAUGGAGACAUUUACGGACUUCACCUCCGGCGAGCUGGUGUUUGACGCGCAUGUGCAGGAGAAGCACCGCUUCACAUAA